AUGGUUAUCUACUUUAACCUCGAUUCUGUUGACCUCAUCAUCCGAGAUUGUGAUGGGGUUGGGGAAGCUGGAAUCAUAGCUAUUGCUAGAGGUUGCCCCCUACUCAAUUACCUGGAUGUAGGUGGUCUAAAGAACUUAGGGGAUAAGGGAAUCGUGGCACUGAGUGAAGCUAGGAACUGCGUAUCAUUAGAAGCUUGCAAUAUGAUUUAUUGCCCUGGCAUUUCAAAAGCUGGAGUUACGACAUUGAUAACAGGUUGUCAAAAGUUAAAGAAGCUAUUGGUUGAGGAGGAGAAGGUUAGCCAAAGGACUAAACGUCGAGCUGCUUGUCUCCUAGUUGAAAGUUGGCAUGGGGAUCUAUUUUUUCGAGAUUUUUAG